AUGGCUCCCCUUUUCCUUCCUGUCGCUCUUUCCUUCCUCGCCAGGUCCGUCCUUGCAUCACCAGUUGCUAUAGUGACUGGCACGGCCUUGCCUCCUAAUAUCGCACAGCAGGCCGGUGGUGGACUUCCCAAUCAACCUGGCACUCCCAAGAUCUCCGCCAAUGCCAUUAACAGCUUUCACUUGGCCAACUUUCUGGAGAACCUGGAAUCUUAUUUCUUCCAGGAGGGGUUGAUGAAUUACACGCGAUGGGGAACAGGCGAGCAAGUGAAUGGGGUCAGCAACAUGGCAGUGGUGUCUCGCAUUGCUGCUCAGGAGGAGGUCCAUGUGGCGUCCAUUGUUGGUCUCCUGGAAGGAAACGGGGCCCCAGCGGUCGCACCUUGCCAAUAUGAUUUCCCGAUCACGGAUGAGACGAGCUUCCUGGCGCUGGCCAGCAUCAUUACCAACGUCGGUAUCGGUGCCUUGCAAGAUCUUGCGGAUGGUCUUUCCACGACUGAUCCUGGUCUUGAAGCCACGGUCGCAUCCAUCCUCCCCGUGGAAUCGAGACAUGAUGCGUUCUUCCGCCUCUUCGCCCAGGAGGUGCCGAAUCCCACCGCCUUCGAGACGAGAAUCAGCGGCAUCUGGGCCUUCAACCUGGCUCUGGACUUCAUCAUCCCAGGCUCCUGCCAGGGAUUGCCCUCCUUCAUCACGUCUCUACCCAUAUUCCCCGACUUGGGCAUUAUCGGCUAUGGAGGCCCAUCUUUCGCAACCCCCAACAGCCCCGGCAAACUGAUUUUCCAGGUGGGGCAACCCAACAUGCUGCCACAGGGAUGGAACUCAGGGCCCCUGUACAUGGCUUGGGUCAACCAGGACAACGUCCCUGCCUAUACUCCUGUGACCGUGCAGGGCAACGAACUGCACGCCGACGUCCAACCAGGCAUGUUUGGAGUGGCAUAUGCCGCCCUGACCAACCAGAACACAGCAACAAACAUCAACGAUCUCACCAAGGCUACGCUGGCCGGCCCCCUACCCGUUCCUCUUGGUAGCUAG